AAGCUCAUCUUUCCCCACCGGCUUCUAUCGAAUCAGUGCGUCGGCAAAUGUCAAUCUGUUAAUUUCACAGGAGAAAAACGACACGGAAGAGGCGGAGAAGACGACGACGAUGGGUGGGCACGCAGAGCCAUCUCUUCGUGUACGCCUCCAGCUCGUGGUCCGCUCGAUAUAAUAUUCGGUGUUCCUUUGCUCCAUUCCAGGCCGUUGACGUUGGGCGUGUGCGCAUCAAAGAAAGAGGGGAAUAUUGAGAACCAACGAUGUUCGUUGAGCAGCGUCUCUCUCCAACUUUGGAUUGCUAAGCUAAUUAAAAAGGAGAGGAGGAAAAGGAGGGCUUUUGGAAUCGAAUCCUUCAUCGCUUUAGAUCGCUUUGGGCUGUCAUCGACAGCGGUCCUUCCGCCUGGACAAGCCGUUCUUGAUGAGUAUAAAUGGGUGAGACGAAUCGACGGGCAGAGCACAAGCUGGUGUGAACAUCUUCUCAUAUUUGCCUAGGGUUGUUCGCUUCCCGCCGUCCCUUUUUAGGGAUUACCUCUUCAAGUCUGCCAAGUGGUGUAGUUUCACACAGAAAGUCUAGCUAUCAAAUAUGGGUUACCAUCACACUGUGGUUGAUGACGCAAAAGAAGGUUCAAAUGGUGGAGCAAUACGAAAUGGAAGAGAAAUCCUUUUUCAAGCAUUCAAUUGGGAAUCACACAAACAUGAUUGGUGGCAUAAUUUAGAGAAGAAAGUUGGAGAUAUUGCUAAAUCUGGCUUUACGUCAGCUUGGCUGCCCCCCGCAACCAAUUCAUUAUCUCCAGAAGGUUAUCUACCACAAAAUCUGUAUUGCCUUGACUCUUCUUAUGGUUCCUCCCAUAUCCUGAAAACGUUACUGCAAAAAAUGCAACAGAACAAAGUUAGAGCAAUGGCUGAUAUAGUUAUUAACCAUCGAGUUGGCACUACCAAGGGACAUGGGGGAGCAUACAAUCGUUAUGAUGGUAUUCCUUUAGCCUGGGAUGAACAUGCUGUAACUUCAUGUUCUGGAGGACUGGGUUCCAGAAGUUAUGGUGAAAACUUGCAUGGAGUCCCCAACAUUGAUCAUAACCAAGCUUUUGUAAGAAAAGAUAUAAUUGGUUGGUUGAAAUGGCUUCGCAAAUCUAUUGGUUUUCAGGAUUUCCGUUUUGAUUUUGCAAAAGGAUACGAUCCAAAAUUUGUCAAGGAAUAUGUUGAGGAGUCAAAGCCUGUAUUUUCUGUAGGAGAAUACUGGGAUAGUUGCAAUUAUGCACCACCUAAUUAUCGCUUGGAUCACAACCAAGACAGUCAUAGACAAAGGAUUAUUAACUGGAUGGAUAAAACAGGACAACAUUGUGCUGCCUUCGAUUUCACAACGAAGGGCAUCUUACAGGAAGCUGUUAAGGGUGAACUAUGGCGUUUGCGUGAUCCUCAAGGGAAAGCACCUGGUGUGCUUGGGUGGUGGCCUUCACGAGCAGUCACAUUCAUUGAGAACCAUGACACAGGAUCAACUCAGGGUCAUUGGCCUUUCCCAUCUGGCCAUGUUAUGGAGGGAUACACUUAUAUACUCACCCAUCCUGGAAUACCAACAGUUUUCUACGACCACUUCUAUGAUUGGGGCAACUCUUCCCAUGACCAGAUUGUGAAACUGAUGGACAUACGCUGUCGUCAAGAUAUCCACAGUCGCUCGAAACUUAGGAUCUUGGAGGCUCGCUCUGACCUUUAUGCAGCAAUUAUCGACGAAAAAGUCUGCAUGAAGAUCGGAGAUGGCUCAUGGUGUCCAAAUGGGAAGGAAUGGAAACUCGCGACUAGUGGCAACAGAUAUGCUGUGUGGCACAAGUAGAUCAAACUCCAGUCAUCCAGAAGUUCAAUGCUAUUGCUAUCCAUAUAUGCACUCUACGAUCAUCGAGACAAAAAUCAAAUUUCCCGACUAUAUUUUGCGAUAAAGGGUCCUUGUUCCCUCAACAAUAAGCAAUCCAUUACUGUCGAUCGUUUAACGAUCUAGCCUCCUCGCUUGUUUAUUCAUACAUAUGACAUGAUAUUUGUUUAAUAAAAUGUUAUCAAGAAUGAUAUGGUCUUAGUUCGAGUUUGUAAUUCCGCGUGAAUCUCUGGAAUACGUGCUUUGAAUCUAAAUCCAUGUUGGUCAA